AUGGGUAUACAGGAGUUGGAGAGGCUGGAGGAUUUAACCAUGUCUCUUCUUUGUAACCAUAAGGCAUCUUCCUCGAAGGACUUUAUGGAAGUAUACGACACCAUAUACAGUCACUGCACAGAGGCGACUCCGAUAUUUGAGACAAGAGGAGCAAAAGUUUAUGAGUGCUUGAAGAAGACGCUUCUGGCGUAUGUGGAUGGGCUGAGGUGUUUUACAUCUCUGAAGACCCUGCACAGCCAGCUGCUGGAGUUCUCCAAUGCCUUGGAUCUGGUGGCCAAGGCUUACUCGUACUUGGAAAGAUACUUUAUCCGGAUCAGCCUGGAGAGAAGGGAUGGACACAUCCAGGACAUCCGGACACUUGGGAAUACGGUCUUCUACAGAAGAUACAUGGAAAGAGUGGUGGGACAAGCCAAGGACAUAGUGUUCUUUGAGAUUGGGGUUUCACGGGGAUGCAAGGAUUACAACUUCCUGCGGCUAGCGGAGACAGUCCGGCUUCUCAAGAGAAUGUUGUUUUUCUGUGACGAAUCCUUGGAGUAUGAGGACAUGAUGCGGAAAUACCUCGAGGGAUUCCAUGCAUCGAUGGACUUCGACGGAGAGAUCAACAAGGUUCUAAAAAGGGUGUAUCUGGAGAUAUACAUUGCUUCAAAGGUUUUUGAUCCAGAUAACAACAAGCUGUACAAGGGGAUUGCAUGUAGGGUGCAGGACAGGUUUGACGAUGUUUUGAAGGUGGUUGUGCAGAGGAUGGAGAAGUUUGAGAAGUUUAAGCUGUAUGUAAAGAUCAUCCACUUCAUGGAACCUGAGUAUAUGGCAAGGGUUGCGGAAAAGUACAAGGAAGUUAUGAGAAGGAAGAUACUUGGGACUGAGAGUCUGGGGGAUCUGAAGACGGAGUAUCUUCGGAUCCGCAAGCAGAUGAAGGAGAAUCUUAUGAAUGAGGAGGAACUGAUUCUGCAUCUCAACGAGGAGAUAAGGAAGUACCUUCACAUUUCGGGCAGACUUGGGUUUGAGGAUGAGAUUCACAAGCACAUUGACAGGGCAGUAAGGAAUGGAGAGGAGACGGAAGGAGAGAUAGAGGUUCUUGUUGUGUUUGCAAGCCUUAUGUCAAACAAGGAAGGGAUUGUUGGAAAGAUAACAGAAGAUGCAAGAAGGAGAAUGUUGGGAUGGAGAGGGUCACAAAAAAGAGAAGGGAUGUUGGUUUCAUUGAUGGAGAGAUAUAUAGGGACUAGUAUUAACAGAAGUAUGAGCAUAAUGUAUGAAAAUCAGGUGAACUACGACCGAAACGAUUUCUGCAUCGCAGGGCAAGACAUAGAACUGAUUACAGAGACAAGGUUUCUGACAAAGGGGUUCUACGACCUGAGGGCAAGUGGAGAGAAUCUCCCCCAGCCCCUGAAGGACAUUUGGGGAAUUGUGUCGCGGCCAAAGAUGAUGAAAUAUCCGCGGGGAGAAUUGGAGUGCUGCCAUAAUCUAUCAUGGAUGAUAUUUUCGAUCAACGGGUUCUACUUCCGGAUGAGCAUGGACAAGGUUCUGAUAAUGCUGUGGUUGGAUGUUGAUAGAGAGAUGAGUGAUGCUGGAAGAUGUGUCGGAGGUUCUGGAUUUGAGGGAAACCUUGAGUAUCUUCUAUCGAACGGAUUUGUUGGGUGCAAGGACGGGGUUUUGUCACUGAACAGGAUGUUUUCCCUCAAGGAGUACAGCUAUAUUAGAAAGAAAUACAAGGACCGGGUGUGUCUUAUGGACUCUGAGUGGAAUCUGACCUUGGAUAGAAAUGGAGAAGACAUGGAGGGAGAAGAAGGCUGUGAGAUUGUGGAUCUGUUUGAAAUUGAGUUUGGGGAAGCCACAACCAAGAGAGAGAUGGAAACGGUGGGGGCUUUUGAUGCGGUUUUGGAGGCUAGGAUCAUGAGAAUAUUGAAGAGAAGAAAGAGAAUUGAAGUUCCUGGGAUGGUCAAAAUUAUCGAGGAGGAGUCUGGGAACGACGAGAAGACUGUGAUGAAGGCCAUUGGGAAGCUGAUUGAGAAGGAGUAUUGUAGAGCUGAUGAAGGCUAUCUGGAGUACCUUCCCUGA